AUGGAUCAGUCGGCCAUCUACCCAAGCCUCCGUGGCAAGACAGUCUUGAUCUCGGGUGGCGCCGAGGGCAUCGGCGCCUCAGCCGUGGAGCUCUUCUGCAGACAGGGCUCCAGCGUCGUCUUCCUCGACUACGCCGCCGGCCCGGCCGGACAGCUGUGCGACAAGAUGACCCGCGUCGACGGCGCCACGCAGCCGACCUUUAUGUACUGCGACGUAACCAACAUCGACCAGCUCAGGCAGUGCGCCCAAAGCACGCUGGAGCUAUUUGGACGCGUCGACGUGCUCAUCAACAACGCCGGGGCGGCCGGGUCCGAGUCGCGGGUACCAACGUCUCAAGUGACGCCCGAGUCGUUCGAGGCCGACAUCAACGUCAACCUGAGGCACCAAGUCUUCCUGACUCAGGCGAUUGCACCGUCAAUGCAGAGCCGGGGCGCAGGCUCCAUCAUCAACAUGGGCUCCAUCACUUGGCGGAUUCCCGCGACGGGCCUGCCCAUCUACACCACGGCCAAGGCCGCCGUCGUGGGUCUCACCCGCACGCAUGCCAGGGAGUUUGGCCAACGCGGCGUCCGGGUCAAUAGCAUCAUGCCCGGCGCCAUUGCCACGCAGAGGCAGAUCGACACGGUGCUGACCGACGAGUACAGGGCCCAGUGCUUGGCUGCGCAGGCGCUCAAGCGGGUCCUGAUGCCCGUCGAGGUGGCGAGGUUGAUGCUGUUCCUCGCCUCAGACGAUGCCAGCGCAAUCACGGGUGGCAGCUAUGUAGUUGACGGAGGCUGGGUCGGCGAUACCUGA